GACGAGCGGGGAGCUUCGUUGACGAUCGUCGUCAUUUUACGCGAGGAGGCGCAAAGCUGAUAAGUGGGACAUACGCUGCAGCAUCUCGGUAUUUCAUAGUGAACUCGCCAUCAAGUCGGACCAUCCAUCCAAGAGAGUCACUCGUGUUUCUUGUCGAACUUAUUCCGCGUCAAGGUACUCGUGAUCUCGCCCACGUACAUUUGCCGUUCAAGUCAUCUUCCAACACAACAUGGCGCCGAAUUUGUUCGGCAAUUCAGCGACUUUAUUCCUCGAAGCUUCUCAGCAAGAUGUGUCGCAAAAAAAAGCGACAGAGAAAACAGUAACGCAAAAAUUACCAAUCCAAAAAUUACCAAUCCAAAAGGCACAAAACUUGAAGCCUAAAUAUCAGUGGAAGAUUGUUUGGAGAAACAUGAUAGCUUUUGCCUAUCUUCAUCUCGGUGCACUUUACGGAUUGUAUAUUUUAAUAGUGGCUGCCAAAUUUUACACAUUCCUUUGGUCUAUUGUAGUUGCAGUUUUCUCAGCUAUCGGUGUUACAGCAGGUGCUCAUAGACUGUGGGCUCAUCGGGCUUAUAAAGCGAAAUGGCCAAUGAGAGUCAUUCUUAUGCUUUUGCAAACCAUGGCUUUUCAAAAUCACAUUUAUGAAUGGGUGAGAGAUCACCGAGUUCACCAUAAAUUUACGGAUACGGACGCGGAUCCGCACAACGCGAAGAGGGGCUUUUUCUUCUCUCACAUGGGCUGGCUUUUGGUUCGAAAACACCCUGAUGUCAUUAAUAAGGGGGCCACAAUCGAUAUGAGCGACCUUGAGAAGGAUCUCGUCAUUGUCUGGCAACGCAGACUUUACAUCGUCCUAAUGCCUGUUUUUUGCUUCCUACUUCCCACCUGGGUACCGUGUCAUUUUUGGAACGAGAAACCUAUGUACGCGUGGUAUUCUACCCUGUUCAGAUACACACUCUCAUUGAAUAUGACUUGGCUAGUGAAUUCCGCGGCUCACAUAUGGGGCAUGAAACCAUAUGACAACACCAUUAGCCCCACUGACAGUCUCAGCGUUGGCAUUAGCGCUUUCGGCGAAGGAUGGCACAAUUACCAUCACGUGUUUCCGUGGGAUUACAAGGCUGCCGAAUUAGGCAACUAUCGCACAAAUCUUACUACCGCUUUCAUUGAUUUCUUCGCCCGGAUCGGCUGGGCGUAUGAUUUGAAGACUGUAGCAUACAGUAUGAUAAAGAAACGCGCGGCCCGAACGGGUGACGGCUCGAUAUAUGCGCGAACGGACGAUCAUGAUGAGCAUCAUCAUUCGCAUGAAGGAGCUAUAUGGGGAUGGGGCGAUGCCGAUAUGGCACUCGAAGAUAUGCAGGAGGCCGAGAUCAUUAAUAAGGGCGAUUGAGAUCCCAAAUUUCAAUUCCCCAAAACCUCUAUGUGGCAUUACACUUGGUCGGAAUUACGCAGAACGUGGACAUCCAACAAUUUAUAGUUUACGAUGGUAUUGUAAAUUCAUAAUGAAUUUGGUGAUCAUAUCUGAAGGUUUAAUAUAUUGUUAUACAUCAUUAGGUAUCGUAAUCUCUAAUUUUUGUAGAUGAUAGUACUUAUCACUAUCAAUAUUGAUAGUGAUUGAUGCAUCAACAAUAAUGGUACGGUAAUCGUUAAAUUACAAUUGUUUUUUUUCUUUUAACAGUUCUUGUGCAUGAAUUAUGCAAUCGAUGAGAACGCGUCUAGGACGCGACUGUGAUUACGACGUUUUUUUAUUUAACUUUUGAAUAGAGAUAUUUUUUUA